GAGAAGCUGACCCUUCCUGCAAUGCCCGCCCCGUCAUGUACCUCCUGCCACGCGGCACACGCAGCCCUCUCGGGACAAGCGCUGUGCAGUGCCUCCUUCUGCGCCGCCUUCGAGGCCGAGGUGCUGCACACGGUGCUUGCAGGCCGCCUGCUGCCGCCCGCCGCGGUGGUGGCCGUGGGCGCCUCGUACGGCAAGGACUCCACAGUGGUGGCGCACGUGCUGCGGCUGGCGCCGCGCCUGGGCAUCUCACUGCAGCUCGUGGCCUUCGACGAGGGCAUCGGCGGCUACCGGGAAGCGGCGCUGGCGGCCGUGCCGCGCUGGGAGCUGUCGCUCACCGUUGUGGCCUACGAAGACCUCUGGGGCUGGACGGUGGACCCCGUAGUCCGCAGCACAACCUACUCCAGCCGCAGCCGCUCCUGCUGUACCUUCUGUGGGGUGCUGCAGCGCCGGGCGCUGGAGGAAGGGGCGCGCCGCGUGGGAGCCACUCACACACUGACCGUUGAGAACAAGGGCGGCCACACAGGUCACAACGCCGACGACAUGGCGGAGACCGUGCUCAUGAACUUCCUGCGGGGCGACGCGGGUGGGGUAAGCGGAGUGACAUUACCUGAUGGACACACGCCAUUCACAGCCCCCGUCACGAUGCCUCCCUUCCAGCGCUUCGUGUGCAGGAGGCGCUGCACCCUCUCGCUUCGUCUCCACUACGGCCUCACUGGCUGUAGCCUGAGCCGCAGUAACUGA